CAUGCGCCCGGCGUGACAGGACUUUCCGAGAUGGAGCCGCUCCUGGGGGAGCUGCCUCUGCGCUUCUCCCGGCUGCCCAUGUUCCCCUUCUUCGACUUGGCGCACUAUGCGGCCUCGGUGUUAUCUCUGAAGGAGCAGCGAGGAGCAGUGGAAAUAUCGUGUCACAGCCCAAUUGCAUGCUGGUUUAGUGCUAUGCUUUACUGUUUUGGUGGGUCUAUUUUGUCUUCCUUGAUGCUCGGGGAACCUCCAGUUGCAUUUCUUGCCAAUACUACAAAUGUCCUCCUCGCCUCAUCAGUCUGGUAUCUCAUAUUUUAUUGUCCACAUGACCUUUUCUAUCGCUACGUGUCUUGCCUGCCUAUUAGGCUGUUGGUUUCAGGGAUGAAGGAAGUAACUAGAACGUGGAAAAUAACGGGCGGAGUCACUCAUGCACACAGCCACUACAAAAAUGCGUGGAUAGUCAUGAUAGCCGUUGGCUGGGCCAGAGGAGCUGGCGGUGGCCUAAUAUCUAACUUUGAACAGUUGGUGAGAGGUGUGUGGAAGCCGGAGACUAAUGAACUGCUGAAGAUGUCCUACCCUGUGAAAGUGAGCUUGGUAGGGGCAGUACUCUUCACAAUGCAGCAUACCCAUUACCUUCCAGUAGAAGUUCACAACCUCAUGUUGUUCUACACCAUCUUCUUAGUGGUUGUCAAGGUAGCCAUGAUGCUGACAGAAUUUAGGACUUCUCCGUUUGCAGUCCUUGAAAAUGCACUGGGCUCCUUCCUCUUUGGUUUUCAGCCAGUUUGCAUGAAAGCAAAGGCCAAGGCCAAAGUAUCUUAUAAUGGUGGCACUCCAGUCAAUGAAAGUACUUCUGGUGGCGAGACGGGGGAUAGCGUUAAGAAAAGGCAUGCAAAGAAAACUGAAUAAGGAACCCGCUGAGGAUAGCACCUUUGGGUGGCCAAAAAUAGCUUGUUGGUGGCCAUACAUGCGUUUAAUGUUUCUCCUUCCCAAUGAUGUGAAAUGACAAUUGUGUAUGAGGAAAUUCAUGUAGCAAGAGGCUAGCUCCAAUUAUCCCCAGAGUUCUGUCUGUUGUAAAGUUUCCUAUCUAUGCCCCAUUUCACGGGGCUCCCCACAGACGACAAUGCCCACGGACUUUUUGUCUGCUACUGUUGUGUGGCUCAAUGGUGCCUCUGAUUUCUUUUUUGUAAAACAGAGUUCAUAUUUGGAUACUAGACAUCAUGUUAGAUUAUUCUUUCCUAAUGUAAAUGAUAAAAUGAGAGACUAUAUUUGAUCUUACUUGUAUGAGAAAAUUUUUAUUGUGGUUAAGUUUUCUAGUUAAGAAAACCAACCCCCUUGCUUUUAAGAACUUGGUUAAAAAACACAUUUUUUAGGUAACAGUCAAAUGUGACUGCUAAGACUUGGCUAUUUUUUUUUUGUCAAUGAUAACUUAUUUUAGGUACCAUCCAGCCCACAUUAAGCACUUCCAAAUCCAGUGUAGGAGAGAAUUUUGUGCUCAACUUUCCUGCUAAAAUGAGGUAGGACUAGAAAGGGCUUGAUCUUGGCUGGAUUCUAACCAAGGGGUUUAAUAGCAGAGGGUUUCCCCCUCAAGAUGUAAUUUAUAAAAGGUUGUUUUAAUCUAAUUGAACACUGUGAAGCAUUUUUGUGAAAAACUAAUACACCCGGUGACUGAAAGGAGCGAUAAUUCACUUGUACCGUCAAACUUCAGAAACCAGCUUAGCCUGUAGUCGCUUCCUCUGAAACCUCUGAUUUUCUUAACUCUUGUUGUUUUGGUACCAAAUGCAGAAGUUUAAUGAUGUCCAUGCUUGGCUUGAGUCACAAGAAAUCUUGUAGUUCGAUCUUUCAUAAGUUUUUAAACUUUCCCCUAAGUACUCAUUCAGAUCACUUUGAUACCAGAUGAUGGCUUGGAUCCAAUAGAGCACUUCUGUGCCGGUGGGGAAUGACUUUCUCACCUCCCCCCUCCCACUGCAGCCCAAAAUACUCCUCAAAAUUCAGUUCCUGGAUGUCCCCCCAGCAGCAUUUCAAGGGGUAUUUUGAACUGCAGCAGCAGCAGCAUGGGAGGUGGGGAAGUCAAGAUCUAUGGGUGGAAAUUUCCAUGUGUAGAAAUGCGCCUUUGGAUCCAAGCUGAUGGUAAACGUGAGCUUCGUUCACCCUUCAUGGAUGGCUUUUAAGAGGGCAAUGAAACUUGUAGAGAAAUCCAUGUGAAUUACGUUCAUAGGGCAUGAAAGUUCAUAUGGCAAGAACUUCAUCUAGGACUUCAUCUAGGAGGAACAUGGGCCCUUUCUCCAAAUACAGCACAAAUUAUUCUUAGUGGAAUAGAAAGUGCAUUCCAGAGAAGUUUUUCCAAACCAUUUGGAGCACUAGCUAUCUGGUGCUAGCUGGAAGUAGGCUAGACCUGGACAGCUUAUGACCCACCAAACCAAAUGCAAUUCAUUAGCCGUGUGUAGUCAGUCCCCAAAGGUUUGAUAAAUCUGGGUUUUUCCCCCCUGACUCUGUGGGACUACAAGAAGAGGAAGGUUGUCAGCCACAAUAUAUGGUCAGUGCUCUGCUACUGGCUUGUUGGGUCACAAAUUAUGCAGGGCUGGUGAAGGAUAAAUACAGUUUUAUCCCUUUCUCUUGCUAACAGUUUGUCUGCAUUGAGAACUCUUCUGAUCAAAACUUGGCAUUUUGGGUGGAACACUAGUUGUAAAUAUGGUACAUAGAAAGAAAGAUUUUUUUUUGAUUAAACGGAGGUGACUUCCACGUCACGGUGCUGAAGAACGGAGCCCAAUUUAAAAUGAACAAAACUAGCCAACGUUUGUGGGCACAUCAGCUGUCAGGAUGGGUGCCUUAGGGCCCCUGAAUAUUUAGAAAGCAUACCGAACCAAGCACAGAUUAUGCUCAUAUCUUACUUUGCUCACUGCAAAACAGAAUCCUUUUUAUAAGAAACUUAAGGAUUUCAUCCAGGUCACACCUGGGUGUGGACAGGAGGUGUGCAAUGUUCAAAAUGCCAACUGUUCACCUUUUGCCUUACAGCUUUGGGUGGGGGGCUCAGUUUAACAUCUAGGUGGUCAGUUCUGGAAUGUUGUACAUGACUGGAAUAUCACAAAGUGUUCUGGAUGGAAAUGUCCAUGUAGUAUUAUGUUGAAUUCAGUUACCAGACAGCUGAAAAACAAACACCAGCAAACGUAUUUCUAACACAAGUGUUUUUUUCCCUUCAUGCUGGAAAACUCAGUGAUGUCUUUGGGCUGACCAAGUGUCUUGAUGCUUUUUGGUACUAGAUUUUUGUACUGAGUUUGGUGCUCUCCACGCCACUUCAACAGUAAUUGCACUGUUGUUGUUUUAGCACAAAUUGAUGUGAAAAUGUAUUUAAAAUUAUUGUAAAAAGGCAUUUAUAGUUGGGCAGAAAAUAGUCUGCUUUGUAUUUGGAUUCACUCUGCAUUUACGAACCUGCUAUUAAAUGAAAAACUGAAACUUCUGUUAUUAGUAUGAUGGGUAGAUAUAUGGACAUG